GCACUCUGCAAUUGGCACUGAUAUAUUAUUUCUUCAUAUCUGAUCAGGCGCAUUCGAGGCGUCCAACGUGGCUGAUUUUAUCCCAAUCCAUCAGACAGCCCAACUUACGGUGAACAACAGUACAGCCACGAGGGAAUUACCAUCACAAAACCGACCAGUCAUAUAUGUAUGCAGGCUCUCUGCAUUUGCAACCUGACGGCUCCUUUUUCUCUCUUUCCCUCUCUUAUAAGCUACGGAGUACAGACAGUUGAACAUUGAUUUCUCGACUAUUGACACGGAGCGAGUUUAUACCGAGUAUCUGGCCGUUCCGAGUACAGAGUACACCAUGAUGUUUACCGAAGAAGAGUACGAAUCUCUUCCUCCAGCAUUACAGAGAAAGUUCUUCUCGAAUACCGAACGACUGCGCAUGCGUCUAGCCCACAGCGAUCACAGCUCACCUGCCAAUGGUGGCUCUGACUAUCCCCCACCGGUCCUUGCCAGUGCGCUGCCCCGGCGCCUCCACUUCCAGAAUCUCCGGCGUCGGCCUAAUCAUACUACUACUACUACUGCUACUACUCCUGCUAGUGCCAGUGCCAGUGCUGGCUCAGCUGUGAGAAGGAGGGCUUCCAACAACAACAACAACAACAAGAAGAAGAAACGGUCUCGUCGUCUCGACACAUUCUCCUCCCACGAUUCUUACAAUUCCUCCGUCACCGCUCCCCCUCUCCUCUCUCCUUCCUCAGCUCAGAAACCUCAGCUCGGCUCCUUGCAAUUGGCCUAUCUCUCCGCUCAGGUCGAUUUGCAGUGCUUUCAAUCGUUACCCCCCAAGGUCCAGCAGAAGUUCUUUUCGCCUGAAGAGCGCGCCUAUCUUCGUCAGGUGUACCGCGACAGUGUGAUUUUUGACUCGGCCGACCAAGCUGUGUAUCGAUCGGAACAGAAGAAGAAACAAACGCAUCCUUCUUGUGAAAGCUUGCCGUCCGACACGACCACCACCGACCUCUCCCAAACCUCUACCCUUUAUAUCGAGUCGUCCGAUUCCGACUGGGACACGGAAGCAGAGCCCGACGACGAAGACGACGACGACAACAACAACAACAACAACAACAACGAGAUGGACAACUCGCUCAACGACAGUUUCCGUUGGCUCGAUGGGGAUGGCGACCUCGACCUGAGACUAGAUGAUUAUCACGCCCAUGUUACCAACGCCAAUCCUGUUCCCAAGCAACCGCCGCGGAGGAAGCCUUCCUUCCGGCGCACAAUGUCCUUCUCUGCGAACCGCCAGGCUCGCAAAGCUGCUUCAUCCGUCUCUCACCCCGCGGUCCCCGGUUCGAGCCAGUCUUCCACGGUCCCCUCGUCCCUGGCCAAUAUCGUUGGUCGCACUUCGACCUCCCGGCCGCCAUCCGGUUAUCAACGACCGACCAUGCACGCCCCUCGUUCAUCCACCUCGAGCAUUGACCCCGCUGCACAAUACUAUCAAGACCCUGAAGCCCGCCUUAAGCUACGGGUCUACCUCGCCUCGCCACAGAAAUUCGACGAAGCCAUCGAGUUCGGAUUCCCGGCCUUGAACGACGGUAAAGACGAUAACGCCCUCUCAGAACGUCCGGAAAGGGUUUCGGAGGGUCUUGCCUCGCCAAAGGUACAGAAGUUGACCGGGACUUUUUUUGAGGACGCGAAUGGAGCGGUUCACGGUAACCGUUGUUCGAAUGACAAGAAUCGUCGGAAAUCGUCCCGGUUGUCGACCGUUGCGAAAGCACCACAGACCCUAAAGAACCCACCAAACAAACGGCAAGCAUGCACAGCUGCACCUCCACCGGCCCUCCGACGGGUACCUGGGAACCGGGAAAUGACGCUGAAGAUGACCUUGACCCGGCCCGAUCUUCGUGAGCAAUCAUCUCCAUCGGUAUCUCCCACUUCAGCAGAAGACCCGCUGAGGCCAGAAGAGCUGCCUCCGGUGGCCGAUAGCUACCCUGAUAUCUGGGAUGAGUCUGAUUCGGAGCAACAAAACGUCAUGAAGAAGAUGUGGCGCAGGCUUCGGAAACCGAAGUACUAGCCUGUCUCUCGUUCUAAUCUUUUCUUUGGUUUCGUUUCGUUUUGUUUGAAUACCCUCGGAUGUGUAUGCUUGGCCGGUGUUCACGGUGUUAUUCGUCCAUUUCUCUCUUGUAUUGAUACCUAUUUGUACGCUUUUUGAUGUUAGCGACUCGGACACUUACC